GCACAGUCUCACUUCUUCAACUUCAACACUUCACCUAAUUAUAAUCCGAUUAAGGGCCUGUCGAUAUGAAGGUCUUUGCCUAUGUCCUGUGUAUGUUUGUGGCCUCAGUCAACAGUGGAUACACCCUCCCCGGAAGUGCUCUCAAUGAAGAAAUCGACUUUAAAGGCGAUUUCAGUGGAAACAAUUGGCAUGAAGUGAACCAAGAAGAUGGAGAAAGGUCAUUGACCACAGACUAUAAGAGCACCGACGUAAAUGGUGAUUACGGUGGAGCCUUUGGAAAUGGCAAACCAAUUACCGAAGUGAUGCAGGAAGAAAGGCAAUCUGAUGAACACAUUGGUUUGGAUAGUCAAGACGAUUACAGCAAAUAUACAAGAUUUAUUGAAGAUGCCGGUGUAUUGGCAAGUAAAGGAGCCUCUAGCACUGGUUGGUAUGGUAUUCCCGGUGAUAGUAGUGACUUCAGUGGGCAUAGCCGUGAGCACCAUACGGAGAAAGUUAUUCACGAAGCAGCUAGAACUGGAGGACUUGGGUCUUUUAGAACACUCCAACCCCAUGUUGGUCCCAAUGAUCAUGUUCAUCAUGAGACUAUAGAAGUAUUCAGUGAGCCACUAGAAUUCAAAGCAACAAAAGCUAUACAUGGAGAAGAGGGAGACGAUGAAUUCGGAGCGCACGGAGGUUUCAGUGGGAUCAGUGCCGGUCAAAGCAAUUACGAUGCUGGCGAACAACAUUCAACUCAUUUUGGAGAAAACCAUUCAGACCAUCACGAAGACAAUCAAGGAGAAUUUAAUAUUUUUAACACUCAUAUUGAUCAUGGAGAUAACACCGAUCACAACCAAUUUGGUGCAUACGGAGAAUAUAUUGGACACCAAGGCGAGGAUUAUAGUCACGGUUAUCACGAAUACGGUGGCUUUAACUUUGCUAAAACCGAGUUUGACGGUUAUGAAAACAAAUUCGGCGGUUACAAGUCUGAUGGUAGUCUUUCAGAUGUUGCAUAA